AUGAUGAAAAAUCAUUCAAUAACAACAUUCAUCCUGGUAGGAUUAACAGAUGACCCACUUAUACAGAUUUUCCUUUCCAUAAUGCUAUUUCUCACCUAUAUUUUCACACUUAUUGGAAAUCUAAUAAUUGUCAUUAUCACUCUGGUGGAUUCGCACCUUAAAACACCCAUGUAUUUUUUUCUUCGAAAUUUCUCCAUAUUAGAAAUAAUAUUGACAACUGUCUGUGUUCCCCGAUUCUUGUACAGCCUGACAACUGGGGACAAAAGUGUUUCUUAUAAUGCUUGUGCUACUCAGUUAUUUUUUGGGAUCCUCACUGGGGCAACAGAAUUUUUUCUUCUAACUGCCAUGUCCUAUGACCGUUAUGUGGCCAUUUGCAAGCCAUUACACUACACUAACAUCAUGAGUGAAACAGUAUGUACCAUUUUUGUUGGUUUAUGUUGGGUAUUGGGAUUAAUUGUCAUAGCCCCACCACUUUGCAUGGGCCUUCAGCUAGAUUUCUGUGAUUCUAAUCUCAUUGACCAUUUUCUUUGUGAUGCAUCUCCUCUACUAAAAAUAAUUUGCUCAGACACUCAAUUGAUAGAGCAACUUGUUUUAAUCAUGGCUGUGAUGACUCUCAUACUUACACUAAUCUGCGUGAUUGUUUCUUAUACAUACAUCAUCAAGACUAUUCUGAGACUUCCUUCAGCUCAGCAAAGAAAAAAAGCUUUCUCCACCUGUUCUUCCCACAUGAUUGUAGUUUCCAUUACAUAUGGAAGCUGUAUCUUUAUGUAUAUCAAACCUGCAAAGGAAGGAGUAGCCUUAAAUAAGGUGGUGUCAUUGCUCAAUACUUCAGUUAUCCCUUUGAUGAACCCUUUCAUUUAUACUUUGCGAAAUAAGCAAGUGAAACAAGCCUUCAAGAACUCAAUUAAAAAGAUGGCUUUUCUUUCAAAGAAUGAGGAAACUAAAAAGACUUUUUAA